UGUCAGAUCAGCAUUGUUUACAUUUCUCUUCGCAUAAACAAUUACGGAUUUUGCAAUCGCGCUUUUUGCGGAUACAAAAACUACCUCAACAUGUCUGAUCGAUUCUUUCCGAAUCCUUAUGUAGAUUACGACGGGAAAGCCCAUGGUACAGAGUACCAUAGCAUUGUAAGCCGUAGAAGUGUGAUUGAUCUUAUCGUAAAGUACGUUGGAAUGAUUCAGAACCACACUCAAACAAAGAUGCGCGAGGAUCUCUAUGUAGGAACUGCAGGGAUCGCUUUCAUGUUCUGGAAACUGUCCCGAUCGGAAGAAACAAAAAAUCUGUUUCCGUGUUUGAAGCUCGCAUCGAAAUAUAUCGCUGAAGCUAAACACCACUCAGCGAAGAAACAUCGUUCUAGCAAGGAUAGCGUAGCUUUUCUUUGUGGAGAGUCUGGAAUUGCUGCCGUAUCUGCAGUUAUCGCUCACUCGCAGGGAAAUGGGCAUGAUGCAGAAAAUGAGGUGAAAAUAUUUUUAAAAGGACAUCCCAUUUGUGCGACGGAUGGUGGAUACGAAGCCGACGAAGUUUUGGUCGGUAGAGCCGGCUACCUGCAUGGUUCGUACUGGUUAAAUCAAACGAUUGCAUCGAAACCGAUUGCAAAUGAAACAGUAACCGCAAUUUGUAAAGUUAUACUGACACGUGGACGACGCAUUGCCGCUUCGCUACAAACUGCAGCACCAUUGAUGUAUGAAUAUCACGAAAAAACUUAUCUCGGCGCUGCUCAUGGAAUUUGUGCGAUUUUGCACGCUCUGCUCGAAUCGCCCUGGUUCGACCGUGAUGAUAAUGGGCAAUUUUGUGUUUCGCCAACCAAACUAUCGGACAUCAAAAACACCAUAGAUUACGUACUGACAAUGCAAAACCACGAAGGAAACUUUCCUACACGACAUGAUUCGAACCGAACGCUCGUUCACUGGUGCCAUGGAUGCGGUGGAGCCAUUUAUCUGUUCGCCAAAGCUUAUCUUACUUUCAAAGAGGAAAAGUAUCUAGAAUGCUGCCGAAAGUGCGCUGACACAAUUUGGCACCAAGGUUUACUUCGCAAAGGGCCGGGAAUUUGUCAUGGGGUUGCCGGUAACGGCUACGCGUUCCUGCUAAUGUAUCGUUUGACGGAAGAAAUGUGUUAUCUGUAUCGGGCAGCAAAAUUUGCAGAAUUUUUAAACUCGCCAACAAUUGCGGAACAACUACUGGCACCCGAUCGUCCAUACAGCUUGUACGAAGGCUUGGCUGGAACUGUAUGCUUUUUAGUUGAUCUCUUAACUCCUUUGCAAGCUGCCUUUCCGUUUAUGGAUGUAUUUGAGAAAAAAUGCGCUUAAAAUAAUAAUAAUUUCGCAACCUUUGUAAUUUUUUUAAUAAUAAAGAACGGCCUGGCCGUAUUGCUAACCCUUGUAAA